AUGAUUCCUAUAAAAGAAUUCUGUGUAAAUAAUAAGGCGGAAACAUUAGUCAUUCCAAAAGUUCUUCCUUUUAUUCAAUAUAUAGUGUUUCCGAAUGAAAUAAUAAGAAAGCUAACCACUUGGAAAAUUCCAGCCACCAAUAACAAAAUUCAGAGCUCUGCCCGGAAGGUUGGACGAAGAGAACGAAGCUAUAAAGCAGGCUUCUGGAAAGCUCCCAAUUCAGGGACAUUUUGUAACUCGAGAAUCAUGUCUAACGGAGUGCCUACAUCUGCUGUAUUGAAGAGACUGGAAGGAAAGGUUGCAGUAAUCACAGGAGGAUCGCGAGGACUUGGUGAAGCCACCGUUAGGCUGUUUGUCAAUCAUGGAGCCAAAGUCAUAAUUGCAGACAUUGCAGAUGACGCUGGCAUGAAAGUGGCCAAAUCCCUUUAUCCCUGGGCGACAUAUAUCCAUUGUGACGUGAGCAAAGAGCAAGAUGUGAGCGCAGCAGUUGAUUUGGCCAUUGAGAAGCACGGAAAACUAGACAUAAUGUAUAACAACGCAGGAAUCAGCAACACCCAGAAGGGGAGCGUGGCAGAGUAUGAGAUGGAACAAUUCGAGCGAGUGUUGAACAUAAAUCUGAAAGGAGUAAUGCAUGGCAUUAAACACGCAGCCCGUGUUAUGAUCCCCAGGAAAAUGGGCUGCAUUAUUUCUACGGCCAGUAUAGCAGGUGUUAUGGGAGGAACUUCUACUUACUCCUACACAGCCUCCAAACAUGCAGUCAUUGGGCUGACUAAAAAUGGUGCGGUCGAACUUGGGAAAUAUGGUAUAAGAGUGAAUUGUAUUUCUCCUGGUGUUGUAGUCACAGAUAUGGUGGUGAAUUUCCUUGGAGAGACCCCUACACCAGAGCUAAAGGCUCAGCUGGAGGCUUCGUUUAGCAGCCGGGGAAACUUAAAGGAAGCAAUCCUUGAAGCAGAGGAUAUUGCAGAGGCUGCUCUGUAUCUGGCGAGUGAGGGAUCCAAAUAUGUAAACGGCCAUAAUAUUGUGGUAGAUGGAGGAUUAACAAUUGUAAACAACGAAUGGGCACUACUGGAAGGAAAGGUUGCAGUAAUCACAGGAGGAUCACGAGGACUUGGUGAAGCCACCGUUAGGCUGUUUGUCAAUCAUGGAGCCAAAGUCAUAAUUGCAGACAUUGCAGAUGACGCUGGCAUGAAAGUGGCCAAAUCCCUUUCUCCCUGGGCGACAUAUAUCCACUGUGAUGUAGCAAAGAGCAAGAUCCCACGUUAUGAUCACCAGGAAAAUGGGCUGCACUAUUUCUACGGCGAGUAUAGCAGAGAUAGGGUGAUGAAUAUCCGUGGAGAGACCCCUACAGCAGAGCUAAAGGCUCAGAUGGAGGCCUUGUUUAGCAGCCGGGGAAACUUAAAAGAAGCAAUCCUUGAAACAGAGGAUAUUGCAGAGGCUGCUUUGUAUCUGGCGAGUGAGGGAUCCAAAUAUGAAAACGACCAUAAUAUUGUGGUAGAUGGAGGAUUAACGAUUGUAAACAACGAAUGGGCACUGUACUAG